AGUGUGUGUGUGUGUGUGAGAGAGAGCGAGAGCGCGAGCGGGCGGACGGCUGAGGGGAAUCCGAGACCGAAUGUGUUGUGCGGCGGCGGCGGCUCCGCUCCGCUCGGCGGGGAGGAGGAGGAGGAGGAGGACCUGAGCUUCCACCCCGUUCCGUCCCGGGCCCGGGCCCCCGGCCUUCCCGUCCCUUCUCUUCCAAAACCCGGGGCUCGAAUCCGCAUCCGCACGGGGGUCUAUGGGAUGGAAGCCGGACCAGCGGGAGCAGCCGCAGUUGCCCCUUACGUGCCCCCCCUGCAGCAGGUGUUUCAGGCACCACGGCGCCCUGGAGUGGGGACCAUUGGCAAACCUAUCAAACUGCUCGCCAACUACUUUGAAGUUGAAAUUCCGAAAAUCGACGUUUAUCAUUAUGAAGUGGAUAUAAAGCCGGACAAAUGUCCACGCAGAGUAAACAGGGAAGUGGUGGAAUACAUGGUUCAACAUUUCAAACCUCAGAUUUUUGGAGAUCGGAAGCCGGUGUACGAUGGGAAAAAGAAUAUUUACACAGCAACGCUGCUACCGAUUGGGCAGGAACGGGUUGACUUUGAGGUGACCAUCCCAGGUGAAGGUAAAGAUCGGAUAUUUAAGGUCUCCAUCAAGUGGCUGGCUGUGGUCAGUUGGAGAAUGCUGCACGAAGCCCUGGUCAGUGGCCGAGUUCAGGUUCCGCUGGACUCUGUGCAAGCGCUAGAUGUGGCCAUGAGGCACCUGGCGUCCAUGAGGUACACACCGGUCGGUCGAUCCUUCUUCUCACCACCCGAGGGUUACUAUCAUCCGCUGGGCGGGGGCCGGGAAGUCUGGUUCGGUUUCCAUCAGUCUGUGCGCCCCGCCAUGUGGAAGAUGAUGUUGAACAUCGAUGUAUCUGCUACAGCAUUCUACAAAGCUCAGCCAGUGAUAGAGUUCAUGUGUGAAGUCUUAGAUAUACGAAACAUUGAUGAACAGCCAAAACCUCUUACUGACUCGCAACGAGUGCGCUUUACAAAAGAGAUCAAAGGUUUGAAGGUGGAAGUGACUCACUGUGGACAGAUGAAGAGGAAAUAUCGAGUGUGCAAUGUUACACGACGGCCAGCUAGUCACCAGACGUUCCCCCUCCAGCUGGAAAGUGGUCAGACUGUCGAGUGCACAGUUGCCCAAUAUUUCAAACAAAAAUACAACCUUCAGCUCAAGUACCCACACCUGCCCUGUCUCCAGGUGGGACAGGAACAGAAGCACACUUACCUGCCACUCGAGGUGUGUAACAUUGUCCCUGGUCAGCGCUGCAUCAAGAAGCUAACAGACAAUCAGACAUCAACCAUGAUCAAAGCAACAGCACGAUCAGCCCCCGACCGACAGGAAGAAAUCAGCCGUCUGAUGAAAAAUGCCAGCUACAACCUUGAUCCUUACAUCCAGGAGUUUGGGAUAAAGGUGAAAGAUGAUAUGACUGAGGUUACAGGCCGUGUUCUGCCAGCACCAAUCUUACAGUAUGGUGGGCGGAACCGAGCGAUCGCCACUCCAAAUCAAGGAGUGUGGGACAUGCGAGGGAAGCAGUUCUACAACGGGAUUGAGAUCAAAGUCUGGGCCAUCGCCUGCUUUGCUCCACAGAAACAGUGCCGUGAGGAGGUUCUGAAGAGUUUCACAGACCAACUCCGCAAGAUCUCCAAAGACGCUGGGAUGCCAAUCCAGGGUCAGCCGUGUUUCUGUAAAUAUGCCCAGGGAGCGGACAGCGUGGAGCCCAUGUUCAGGCACCUGAAGAACACCUACUCGGGGCUUCAGCUCGUCAUAGUCAUCCUGCCUGGGAAAACACCCGUCUAUGCUGAGGUGAAGAGGGUGGGCGACACGCUGCUGGGAAUGGCUACACAAUGUGUUCAGGUGAAGAACGUUGUGAGAACGUCUCCUCAGACACUGUCUAAUCUCUGCCUGAAAAUCAACGUCAAACUGGGGGGAAUCAACAAUAUCCUGGUGCCUCAUCAACGCUCAGCGGUGUUCCAGCAACCAGUGAUCUUCCUCGGAGCUGACGUCACCCACCCACCAGCUGGGGAUGGCAAGAAGCCCUCGAUAACAGCGGUGGUAGGCAGCAUGGACGCCCACCCCAGCCGUUACUGUGCCACAGUCCGUGUGCAGCGGCCCCGUCAGGAGAUCAUCGAAGACCUGUCCUACAUGGUCCGAGAGCUCCUCAUACAGUUUUACAAGUCGACUCGCUUCAAACCAACGCGGAUUAUCUUCUAUCGGGAUGGGGUGCCCGAGGGACAGCUGCCGCAGAUCUUACACUAUGAACUGCUGGCGAUCCGUGAUGCAUGUAUCAAACUGGAGAAGGAUUACCAGCCUGGCAUUACAUAUAUUGUUGUCCAAAAACGGCAUCACACACGACUUUUCUGUGCAGAUAAAAGCGAGCGGAUUGGUAAAAGUGGGAACAUCCCUGCCGGCACCACAGUGGACACUAACAUCACCCACCCGUUUGAGUUUGAUUUCUACCUGUGCAGCCACGCUGGGAUUCAGGGCACAAGUCGGCCUUCACAUUACUACGUCUUGUGGGACGACAAUCGAUUCACUGCAGACGAGCUACAGAUCCUGACCUAUCAGCUGUGCCACACGUACGUGCGAUGCACGCGUUCAGUCUCAAUCCCAGCACCAGCAUAUUAUGCCAGACUGGUGGCAUUCAGGGCAAGGUACCACUUGGUGGACAAAGAGCAUGACAGUGGAGAAGGCAGUCAUAUCUCUGGGCAGAGCAAUGGGCGGGAUCCACAAGCCCUGGCCAAGGCCGUGCAGGUUCACCAGGACACCUUACGCACAAUGUAUUUCGCUUAACGUCACCUCAACCUGCCAGCCUCCGGGACCAAAUGCAGCCGUACAAGAACAUUUAAGCACCUUCCACUGAACAGAGACGUCACAGAGGUCGGAAGGGGAUCACUACGUGUUUUUCCAAGGAUUCCCGAUGAACUACUAAUGAGUUGGGACUGACCAGACCAUUAGAGAAUAUGUGUCAAACUCUACACAGAGACAACAGGUUUCACGGUUCAAUUUGAUUUUUUUACAUGUAUUUAUGCAAUAUAUUGAUAACUUUUUUGACUGUAAAAUGCAAAGGUUCACCACUGCCAAACUCCUGCUGUUAGUUUUUAAAGCCACCUAAGAUGGUAAAAGGUAGUCUAAAAGCACAGAGUUCAGUGUACAUCGUUCUGGGAUUGACAAAGCUCAUGGUCCGAAUGACUGAACUUGUUAAUUUAGUGCCUAGACUCAUGUUUGAAUCUCUUCGACUUGCCAAAAGAGUGACUGUGUGUGUGUGUGUGUGUGUGUGUGUGUUUACGCUUAAUGUGUGCGUGUGUAAGUUGGCACCAAAGCAUUCCCUUCCAUAGACACGUUUGUGUACUCUGUCUGCGAUGCUUUAUUCAUUCCCAGUUUGUGCUUCACAUUAUACUGUAUUUGGGGUUUGAGUGCCAUUUUUAAACGCGCAGUAAGUGGAACAACACAGCCUACAAUGAAUCGUAUCGUAAUGUCGCUUUCCAAAGUCCGGACUUUGAAAGUUAUUAUAGGCCUACAAAAGCCAGCCCUCCACUUGAGGGGAAACCGAACUCCUGUAAAUUAUUUUUUUAAAAAGUCACAUCACCAACCUCAACCUUGUGAUGGCUGCACUUUGUUUUCGGGAUGUCAUUGAGCCACUCCUGCCCCUGCUCAGUCCUCCUCUGGCGAUUGGGAGCAAACACGGCAGCAAGGAAACACUACGGUAAAUUAUAGUCUUUAGUGAACAGCUACUGAAUAAACCUGAGCUGUGUUUUUUUUUAAAAAGAGUCGCUGUUUGAAUUUUAGCUGUUGAGUAAAAGCAUUGUGCACCAGCCACGUCCUAUGGUAAUUCCCUUCUGAAGCUGCUAAUUAUUUUGGAUGUGGAAGUACAGAACGUUUGGUUUUAAUUUUUUUAAAUCCCAUUUACUACCAAGGUUUUUUUAACAUAUGAAUCGCGAAUCACUAGGAACUAGUGUUAUGCUUGUUAUAGUUAUUUUUCUAUUUUUGUGUUGCGGGAUCACCCACUGAUUUGAAUUUAGAACCAGCUCGUGUUUCUUUAAACAUAUCCACUUUUUUUUAAAGAAAACGUAAUGUACCAUUUAAGAAUAUCAGUGUCAAUGACAGUGAGAGAACGUGUCAAAUUGAAUAUUUUUCCACUUUUUAUAUCUAUCGAGUGUCAGAUUAAGCACAUAGGGUCAGACGUAGAGUAGGUGAGAUGCAGAGAAAAAGCUGCCUCGAGAUCGCUGAUGAUUACAUUAACCUCAACCUUAUUAUAACCCUCUCAUGCAACAGUGACCUUUUCAUUUCUUGCACCAGCCAUACUGAGUGAAAUUGCCAGGUUGGAAUAGUUGGGAGGGUUUGUUUUAUGAUUUGGUACCUACUUGGAACUAGGUAGAGACUGUUCACUUUGGGCAGAAUUUUUUCCAGGGAGCGAAAGACUUUUAUGCCCAACUGUCUGGAGUAAACUUGAACCCAGGCCCCAGGAGUGAAAGGACAAUGUUCUUAAUUUGAUGCACCAUCUGAUUCCUUGCAUAUCUAAAAGUGUUAUUAAUUAAUAUUAGUGGUGUAUGUAUACUUGGGCAAUUAGUGUGCUCCUGCCAAAACCACCUGCUUUUAAAAUGCUGUCUCCAUAUUGGUCACAAUUUUAUAUUUGUAGCUUGUGUUGCUUUGCGCUGCAGCAAGACGGUGUGUUAUACAGUGUGCUAAAAGCAGUAUUCAGCUACCUGUAACCGACACUACAAAUCCAUGUCAAUGAUGUACAGAACUCUAUAAGUGGCCAGAGGAAAUGUUUGCAGCUUCAGACUACCAUGUGAAUAUGGAUGACAGAAAGCGGACUUCACAGGUUAGGGUGUGUACGUCACUGAAGAACUUUUUUAAAAACUGACAAACUACUCCCCUUGAAAGCAGCCAGUUUGUCACAGACUAUAGGGCAGAGUGCCACAGAAAUAAACUCUACCUCCAAAAUGAAAUGCACAUGUUCCGGAUAUAGGAAGAGAUCAAAUCAUGCAGAGAAAAACAGGAGAAAAAUUAAAAUUCUCCUACUCAGGAGGGCAGCCACUGGAGGAAGACCUGCAAACUCACAUGCACUUACAUUCCCAAACGUUAGCUCACAUUCUCCCGUUCCUGCGCUCACUCAGAUAUGUAUAUAAAUACUUGCUUGCACUCUUUCAUUCAAAUUCGGGUUCUCUCAAACCCAUGUCAAAAGAUAUUUCAGUAGCUUCACUCUGCAUGUUGUUUUCACACUAUUUAUAAAGACUGAUCACUCAAUCUAAUCCACAAGCCAAAUCCAACAGUGGGCAGAAGAAGAGACCUCAUAGAUUGGUGGAUGCCAUAAACCAACAUAAGGAAGAGUGAAGCUAUCUGGUACCUCAACCAAUUGACCACUAUUCAAAAGCUGAGUGUUGACAGUGACUGCCAGCAGGCUACUCAAUCCAGGGCCAUCAUAGCGAGCUUCACCAGUCAUCGCUCAAUUUGCACACGUACAUUACGCACCUUCCAGCAGUGAUCUCUGAAUACCAAUCAGGAGUGGAGAUCCGUAGAUAGUAGUGUGUGAGGCAACGAGCAAGCUAACUUUAAAAUUGGGAAAAGAUAAUGUAAAAGGUUAAUUUUUCUGGCCUGAGUUUAAGAGUGAAACUGGAAUUGGCAUGAAUAAGAAUCAACAAUACAGGUGUGAUCAGAAAGACAUCUCAUCGCCUCGCUGCCUAUUUGGGUGUUCGGACAUGACAUUCUUCCCUCUUUGGCUGCAUAUCAUCUGAAGGUAAUUCAGGGACGUGAUUCAGAAGGAGUUACUGAAAGAAGGUUUUAGAAAUAUCAAUUGAAAAUAUCGGUUUAGGAGCUUCUGAAAGGGACUGGAUGAAGCGCAACAAAGAUUCCCACCCCUCAGUGGGUUGAUCUUGCAUCCUAUAUUACUUCCAAGAAAGAUUUUCCAGUCCUCUUGGGUUAGGUUGGUUUGUUCUGUGCAAAAACAAAGCUGAGACUAAGGCCAGGUCAGUGGCUAUUUUAAAAAUAAAUUAGUGAGCUGAGGCAAUUGUCUUGGCACUGAGUUAUGCUGAAGUAUUUACUAAGGCAGAGUGGUUUAUUUUCUUACACUGAACCAAUAUACUGAAGUUAACUAUUUAUAAUUUUCUAUGUUCCUUUCCUUGCUGCACAAUUGUUUUUUAAGAAAUAAAAGGUAAA